AUGAGGGCAUGGCGCCGGCAGACGGUGCGCCGCCGCGCUGCGGCCCCGCCGCUCCGGCGCGUGCACGUCCACCGCGUCACCGUGAUCCCGUUCGACGAGGAGGAGGCGGGGCCUCACGCCAGGCUCGGUCCCGCGCUGCGCGAGUUCCUGGACGGUGCCGCGCCCAGGGACGCCGGGCUGCGCGAGUGGCUGUGCCGGGCGCUGCCUGGCGACGUGGCAGGCGGCCCCUUCUCCAGAGAUGGGCUCCUGGAGGCGCUGCGCGCGCUGAGGUGGCUGCACGAAAGAGGCGCGCCCGCGGACGAGCUGGACGGGCACUGGGAGACUCUGGCUGGCGCCACCCAGGACCAGGUCGCCUGCCUGCUGCCGCCGGACCUGGCCGAGGCGUGCCAGGCCUUGGCGUUCUGCGAGCGGCGCUAUCCCGAGCUCGUGCGGCUGCUGAGCCAGCACAUACGGCGCCUCAACCGCUCCUUCGGCUCCGCGGACAUAGGCCUCGUCUCCCGGGCCUACAGCAAGAUGGGCUGGCGCUCGUCCAAGACGAUAUCGUACCUGAGCCGACAGAUGGUGCGGCUGCUCCGGAACCCAGAAACGGCGGCGCUCGUCCAGCCGCAGGAUUUGGCCGCGCUGGUGGGGGCGUACCCGCAGCUGUCGAUAUCCGUGGGCAAGAAGAAAGAGGGAGGCGCACUGGACCUGUGGAGGGCGGUGGCCGUCGCGGUGCCCUCGCACAUGCAGCAGAUGAGGCCCAGGCACUUCACGGUCAUCCUGAACACGUACGCCAGGAUGGGCUUUUCGUUCACGGCCAUCCACAGCCACACCAGGCGUAUGUUCGAGGCAUGUGCGAACCACCUCGUCCCGCGCCUCGCGGACCCUGGGCCAGGUCCGCGGGCGGCUGGGGACGAGGCGGUCGAUGCUGCAGGGGCGGAAGGGGUGGACGUCUUCUCUGCGAGGGACGUCGCCAUCAUCUGCAACGCCUACGCCAAGGUCAGGGCGGGGCCCUACGUCCGGCCUCUGAUGCAGGCCGUCGCGGCCAGGGUGGUGGCGGGGGCCGCGGAGGGUGGGGCCCACUUCCACCAGGAUACGGCGAACGUGCUCAACGCGUUCGCGAUGCUGGAGGUCACCAGCCCCGAGGCGUUCGAGGCGGCCGCGCCAGGCAUCGUGGAGCACGUGGCGACCUAUACGGCCCAGUCCCUUGCCAACGUGGCCCACGCAUACGCAAAGCACGACACGAGACACAUAGCGCUCCAGGAAGCGGUGGCGCAGAUGUCCCUGCGGCUUCUCGACCGCUUCAUGCCCGUCCACCUCGGGCAGCUUGCCUACGCGUUCGGCCGCCUCAGGGUGCGCCACGACGAGUUCUUGUCCGGCCUCAGGGACGAGGUGAUCUACCGCGGGACGGUGGGCAGGAGUUUGCAGAGAGUCAGCAGCAUGUACACCUUCCCGCUCGCCUGUAUUGGGCAGAUAACCCAGGGCGCGGCGCGCCUCGGGAUGCGCGAUCAACGGCUGUAUUUCGUGCUGUUCGACAUGGCCCGCCAGAGGGAGCGCGAGUUUGCGAGGAGGAUGCGGAGCAAGGAGAAGGCAGCAGCCGAGACCGAGGAAGGGGGCGGCGAGGCAAACCUGAGCCUCGCGGCUAAGAUGGCCAUCCGGGGCGAGUGCCCAGAGCUGCUGACGGGCCACCUGCUGUCCGUGCUCGUGUCCGCGUUCUCCAGGAGCAAGGCGGACUUCCACUCGUUCCUCCGGUGGGUACCACGGCAGGUGGAGUCGCUGAAGGGGCAGUACACCACCUCGCAGCUCGCCACCAUCUUCAGCUCCUGCGCGCGCCUCGGGAUCGCGCACCCACCCAUGUACAAGGAAAUCCUGCAGCACGCGAGGCCACGCGUCGCGCAGAUGUCCCCGAAGGCCCUCGCGAAGCUGAUCCGCGGGAUGUCCGACGUGAGGAUGUACAAGCGCGUGCUGAUGAGGCAGGCCGUGCAGGUCAUCUCGCCUCGCCUGCUGGACCUGGACGUGCUCGACCUCUGCGACCUGCUCUCCGGCUGUGCGCGGCUCGCGUACCGCGACGAGCGCUUCUUGCGUGUGCUGGCGGCGGCCGUGCGCUCCAAGAAAGACGAGAUGAGAGCAGGUCAGCUUGCGUCGGCUCUGAUAGACUUCAGCCACAUGCGAGUGGCGCACCACAAGUGGUACAACUUCGUGCUUUUUGAGCUGUUCCGGCGCCAACAUGAACUGAACCAACGGGACGCUACCAAGGUCGCAAAGGCCAUGGUGCUUGUUGCCGCUUCUAAGCAGCAUGACCCUUCGGCCACCACUGGGAAGGUGCAGAACGACGAUGGAGAGGAAGUCUGGUAUCCUUUUGACCAGCACAGGGGGAUAAUGUUUAGCAUGCUGAACGUGGUGCACGGCAAACGUCAGAACCUCACCUAUCCCAUCGUGGCGCAGCUGCAGAUCAUCGAGCUGUUUCUGCGGUUCCUGGUUCCCUCCGUCUAUCGCGAGAUGCCGCAUCCCUUGAAGGUGUUACUGGCCAAGGCCAGGCGAGUGAACCUAGCAGUGGACGACUACAUGAAUAACUCUUCCAAGAUGCACAGGGACAUUUCCAAGUGCUUCACGGAGGUCGGCCUAAAUCACCGAAGCGAGGUGUUCAUCGGCCCGUUCAUGCUGGACAUGGUGAUCGGAAACAAGGUGGUCGUGGAGGUCGAUGGCCCCUCGCACUUCUACAGGGACACCAACAGCCGAACCGCCGCCAGCCUGCUGAAAUCCGCGCUGCUCACCUCCAUGGGCUUCCGCGUCAAGCACCUGCCCUACCAGGAGUGGUCUCAGUGCGGCACCGCCGCGAAGCGCACGCUCUACUGCGCGGCCUUCUGGCGGGAUGUCCUGGCGCAGGGCGAGGGCGAGCCAGCGCGGCCCUCGGCACCGCUGGUGGACAUCGUGGAGAUGCUGGUGCGGUCGCAGCAGCGGCCGGGGCCGCCCGCCAGUGCCGGCGCCGCGCCGCCAGGCCCCGCAUUCUACGGCGAGGACGCGGCGAGGUGGGACGAGCUGGAGGCGCGGGCAGACAGCCGGGCCGGGGAGCUGAACGCCGGGGAGCCCGGCGCGGAGGGCCGGCCCGCGGAGGGCCCAGUGAGGCGCGCCAGAUUCUGUCCAGGAGUCACUAUUCAGGCAGAGCUGUUUCUGGAGAUCUGGUUGGUCGGCAGCAGUACGAAGGACCACCAGAAACGGGACCACAGGGUGCAGAAGGUCAUCCAGGAUACCAUGCUGUGCACCAAGGAGUAUGCCGAGCGGCACAGGAUCUACCAACCACCUCCUGCUGUUCGCGACAUCCCUCGCCGCAAUCAGGAGACCACCUCGAAGAUGAACGUGCUGGCGGAGGACAAGGAAGCGAGAGACGGCAUCAACAAAACGAAGGAGCAUAUUGUGGUGAACGAGCAGAAGAUGGAGAGCUUCGCGACGGACAUGAUGGUCCACGAGAUGACGGUAGACUACUGGGAUGACUUGCUGGCUGAAACGAUGGACCCAGACUCAGCUGAGCGGCAUGAGAUGUUUGACUUCGACGCAGCAGUUGGCCAGCAAAUGCGGGGCGACGAUGAUCGGAGUGCUGCUACGCGCACCUUCGAAGCUGAAGCUGAAGCGGAGGCCCUACUCAUUUACGACGCCGAGCAGAAGGACCUCGAGGAUGCAGCCGGCAAGUGGCAGUUUUCAACGCUCAGAGAGACCCUCUUUGUGAUCACCCUGAAGAUGCAUCCCUGGCUCAACCUCACCGCCCACAGCUGCUACGCGCCCAACUCCAAGAAGCUCAAGUUAUUGUUGGAUGCCAAGACUCACCAGCUUCAUCUACACCGAGGCCACGCAUUCGUGCACAGCUCUGGUAGCCAGCACCGAAACGACCACAUCGUCACGAACUCAUACUUCCACUCUGCAUGCACCGACAUCAAGGUAAACUACCAUGUCGACUCCUACGGUGGACGAGACGAUCACCUUCCAGUAUACGCCGUCUUCGAGGCCACUCAUUCGCGCGCGCCCGUCCUGACCCAAGGCAAGUUGCGCUUUGGCCAGAACAAAUUUACUGAACAGGAACCACAGUUCAAGUUCAAGAACAUUUGA